UGUGGGAGUGUCUUGUCUUAACCAAGGCCCAGUCUCGGUGUAACCACGCCCAAUCAGCUGUUUCCUCAACUUCAUCGAAGCUCACGGGAAAACUUUCCCCCUCUUCUCCCUUCAGUGCCCCUGAGAACCGAUGGUAGACGCCGCUGCGUUUUGUUUUGUUUGUUUGGGUUUUUUUUUUUUUGACGUAAUUUCUUUGCAGCGAUAAUCCAAAAACAAGUGGUGUCAGCAUGUCCUUGGCGGAUCAGCAGUGGUGUCCCACAAGCGUCCAGGUAACGGUACUCCAAGCCAGAGGCCUCAGGAUUAAGGGGAAGAGCGGCACCAACGAUGCGUACGCGGUCAUGCAAGUUGGCAAGGAGAAGUAUCAGACCUCGGUGGCGGAGAAGAGCGUGGCUCCGGUGUGGAAAGAGGAGGCCGCCUUCGACCUGCCGCAUCAAGGAGGAGGAGGAGGAGAGCGUGGCACGCUGCAUGUCCACGUCCUGCACAGGGCCCUGGUGGGUCCAGACAAACUGCUGGGACAGGCUGUCAUCAACCUGCUGCAGCUCAGUGAGGACAAAACCCGCAACAAGACCGAAUGGUUCAAGUUACUGGACAAGACUGGCAAGGCAGACAAAGACAGAGGAGAGGUCCUCCUGGACAUUCAAUUCAUGAGAAACAACAUGACUGCCAGCAUGUUUGAUCUCUCUGCUGCCGGCAAAUCCCGGUCUCGCCUGGGCAAGUUCAAGGACAAAGUUCGUGGCAAGAAAAAGGAAUCGGAUACUGUGUCGAGCGUGGUGCCAUCCUUCACUCAGGUUCUGACAGACAGUGAGGAGGAGGCAAAUGGGGAUGCGGAGCUAGCUGCAGGGAAGGAUGAGAAGAAAAAGAAGCAUAAAAUUAAAUCUUUAUUUUCUCCCAAGUCCAACCUGCAGAAGAACAUGUCUCAGUCUAUGUCUGUUCUGCCUGCGAAGAAUUCCUCGCUAAGUGGCAGCCAGUCAUCUGGUCUGAAUGUGGAUUCCUCUGAGGGUAAAAAGAAGUUUAAGUUCAUGAUACAUAAACGCUCGGGCAGCUCAGACAACAAAGAUUCCUUCUCUGGCCACCAAAAACAUGGCCCUGUCGAACAGAGUAACUUGUGCAUCAAUGGCAGUCAUGUGUACUGUGAAGAGCCUCAGCCUCGCACCUCUCGCAUCGGAUCAAACUUCAGUCUCGCCAGUUCAGGUCAUGGAUCAAUGGAGGAUGUCCCUGAAAGCUCCCCCCCAUCUGUUGCUUCACUUAGGGCACAUGAAAGACUAGCAGAGGAAAAGAGACAAGAGGAACAAGAAAGAAGGAAAAUUGAGGAGGAAGAGGAAAGGAAAAGAAAGGAAGAGGAAAGGAUUAGGGCAGAGGAGGACAGGGCUCAGGAAGAGAGGAGGAGGCAAGAGGAAGAAGAAAGAAAAAGGGCUGAAGAAGAAGAGAAGGUUAGAUGGGAGGAAGAGGAGAGGACUCGGAAGGAGGAAGAGAGGAAGAGACGAGAAGAAGAAGAGAGGGUUAGGAAAGAAGAAGAGCGUGAAAGAUUAGCAGAGGAAAAGAGGAGACUAGAGAAAGAAGAAAGAAGAAAAAAUGAGGAGGAAGAAAAAAGGAAAAGAGAGGAAGAGGAAAGGAUUAGGGCAGAGGAGGAAAGGGCUCAGGAAGAGAGGAGGAGACAAGAGGAAGAGGAGAGGGCUAGGAGGCAAGAAGAAGAGCGUAAAUUAGCAGAGCAAAAGAGAGAGGAAGAAGAAAGAAGAAUUGAAGAGGAGAAAGUUAGAAAGCAGGAAGAGGAAAAGAUAAGGAGGGAGGAAGAGAGGAGGAGAAAAGUGGAAGAAGAGAGGAUGAGAAGACAAGAGGAAGAGUAUGAGGAAAAGAGGAGACUAGAGGAACAAGAAAGAAAGCUGCAGGAGGAAGAGAGGAAGAAGCAAGAGGAAGAGGAAAGGGAAGAAAAAAGGCAAAGAGAGGAAGAGGAAAGGAUUAGGGUGGAGGAGGAGAGGGCUCAGGAAGAGAGGAGGAGACAAGAGGAAGAGGAGAGGGAUAGGAAGGAAAAGGAAGAACAUGAGAGAUUGGUAAAGGAAAAGAGGAAACUGGAGGAGAAAGAAAAGGAAAGGAUUGAGGCUGAAGAGAAAAUUAGAAGGGAGGAAGAGGAAAGGAUUAGGUUGGAGGAAGAGAGGAAGAAAGUGCAGGAAGCAGAGAAGAUUAGGAGAGAAGAAGAAGAGUGUCAGGAAAAGAGGAGACUGGAAGAACAGGAGAGGAGGAGAGUUGAGGAAGAAGAAAAAAGGCAAAGAGAGGAACAGGAAAGGAUUAAGAAAGAGGAGGAGAGGAGACAAGAGGAGGAGAACAGGGCUAGGAAGGAAAAGGAAGAAUAUGAGAGAUUGGUUGAAGAAAAGAGGAGGCUGGAGAAACAAGAGAGAAGACAGAAAGAGGAAGAGGAGAGAAUUAAAAAUGAAGAGCAGGAAAGGAUUAGGAUUGAGGAGGAGAAGAGGAGGAGACAAGAGGAAGAAGAGAAUGCUAAAAAGGAGAAGGAAGAAAUGGAAAGAUUAAGGAAAGAAAAAGAGGCCAGGAAGCUGGAGAACGAAAAGUUAACCACAGAUGCAGAAGAAUGGAAGAAAAGAGAAAAUAAAGCAAAAGAUGGACACAAAGCUGCCUGGCAGAAAUCUACUGUAGCUGUCGGGAGCCCUGCAGAAGUCCCCUCCACGAAUCCCUUUGAUGAAGACUUUUCAAAUAAUCCAUUUGAGGAGAUUCCUAACUCACCUGCUGGACCCGACAGCAGCAGAGCCAAAGGAUCAAAUGUCCAACCAGGAUGUCAAUUUGCUGUGUCAUCGAUGGGAAGCAAGACCAUUUCCACUGCUGAAAAGGAUCUGAUUAGUGCUCAACGGGAGAAGCGACCAGCUCCUCAGCCUCCAGGAAGGAAUCAAGCUGAGAGUCAAAGGGAGCAGGAUGCAUCUAUACGACAUCUGGCACAAAUUAACAAGCAGAAUAAUGAGAAAGGCAUCGUCAAAACCGCCAGUGUUCUCCCUCAGCGCUCGGUGCAGGUGAACGCUCCUCAAAGUCAGUCUCACACAGAAACAAAGAACACCAAGGGCUUGAUGCAGAUCAGUACCACCAAAGAAACAGAAAGUGUAGCCAAACACAGCAAACGUCCUGCACCACCAAGACCACGUUCUGUGGAGGAAGAACCAUCACCUCAGCCCAAAACACCCUCGUCUUUUGCUGGCAACAUUUCCCAGGGGUGUGGCUCAGAGCAAAAACAAAUUCCUGUUGUUUAUGGCUUAAAUCCAUUUGAAGAUGAUGAAGAUGAAAAUGAGCUCACAGCCCAAGAUGAUACAACCACCCCUGGUAGUACUGGUACAGCACACUGGCCAGCAGCUGUGUCCCUAGCUACUGAUAAAGAUGCCACCUCUCAGGCAAAAGUCAAAUCCUCAAAGGUGGCCCAUGCUCCUCCACCUCCUGCAAAGACAGCUGCCGCAUCAAGAUCUUUGAUCCACCAAAAAACUGACAGAAGCCAUGCUAUGGGUGACACAGGUGUGGCUGUACCUAAUAAGGGUGCAAACCAAGCAUGUGACCCACAGCCAGAGGCCACAAUCGCUGUGCCUGUCCAGGAGGCUUCACUAAAAGAGCCCCAGCCUGCGAUAGCACAGAGAACAAGAGAGGAAGCCAGCAUGAAUAAGGAAGUUCCUCCUACAACUUCACGCAGGCUUCAACCUGUAAAACCUCUUAAUCCUCUGGAACAGCAGUCUGUCUCCAUUGUUCAAGGAGAAAAACAUAAGUCCACAGGAGUCCUCAGUGAAGUUCAGGAGAAACCAAAGGGUAAUGACUCUCGGGCGAAAGGGCCGUACUCCCAGCUGACUCGAGAGGAGCUCAUCUCUCUGGUGCUGAAACAGGAGAACCAGCUGUCUGAGAAAGACAAAAAGAUAUCAGAGCUGGAGCAGUACAUUGACAACUUACUUGUGCGCGUCAUAGAAGAGAAACCAAGUAUCCUGAUGUCCAUGAGCUCUCUGAAGAAGGCUGUCUAGGGGGCUUCUCAGCUGACACUUUAUUCCUGCUGUAGCUAAUCAGUGCAGGCCCAGUUCACACUGGUUUGACAGCCGAAACUUAAGUCUUAAGUAGUUGCGGUGUGUCUUGAGCAAGGUAACGGGUAAAAGUUGAGGUUUACGAGGUUUGAACAGUUUAGAGUUCAAGUUCAACAUAUUGGUUAAUGAAUAAUGAUAAAGACUGAAAUAUAUUUUGUAAAAGAAAUUCUGCAAAGGCUUUUGUAGUUUAAGCAAAGGGGCAUUUAUUUGGGGAAUUAUGUCAACUUGCAAACUUUUUAAUGAGUACUUAUAUUCUACAUUUUUCUAAAUAUUUAGUAAAAUUUAAUAUUUUUGACACUGCUACAGUAUGUAUGUCUGACUUUGAAACAAUGUCUUGUGUAUUUGUAAUUAUUUUCACGUACAUGUCUGACUUAUUACUGUAUUUCAUGGCAAAACAAAAUGCAUACCGCCUUUUUUUCUAUAGUCUGUCAGCUUUCUGUUCACUGGUGAUAUGUCCAGUAUAAAGAAGAGCCUUAUUUGCACUAGUUAAAUAAAUGUAGAUUAGCUUUCCCUCUCUUGUACUGAAUGUCAAAAGUUUACAUGAUUUUUCUAACCCCAAAGAAAGCACUUUAAUUAAGCUUACACUAUUAACAUGAUAUACACUGAACUGCUGUACUGCACUGAGAUAGCUUCCUGGUAUUAAAAUAUGCUAAAUAAAACUAAGCCUUUAA